UCAAGAAACGACCCGGUGAGACUCCCUGUGACCAAGCGACGGCUAUGGCAACCAUUUUCAGAUUCUCACUUCGUCUACUCCCGGUCUCCGCCGCCGUCGCAUGUCGCUCAACCCGAUUCCCCGUUUCAAGACCCGACACCUCGUUCUCGUUGAACCAUAACCUCUAUCAUUUCUCUUCAUCCUCUUUGAAGACCAAAGCCGGUUGGCUACUGGGUCUUGGGGACAAUAAGAAGAAAGUGGAUUUACCGGAUAUUGUAGCAGCUGGAGAUCCGGUUCUGCACGAGAAGGCCCGAGAAGUUGACCCGGAUGAAAUCGGGUCGGAGCGUAUACAGAAGAUAAUUGAUGAUAUGGUUAAAGUAAUGAGAUUAGCUCCUGGAGUUGGCCUUGCUGCUCCUCAGAUCGGUGUCCCCUUAAGAAUCAUUGUUCUUGAAGAUACAAAAGAGUAUAUCAGUUACGCACCAAAGGAGGAGACUUUUGCUCAAAACAGACGUCCCUUUGAUCUUAUGGUAAUGGUGAAUCCGGAGCUUAAAGCGAGUAGCGACAAGAAAGCUCUCUUCUUUGAAGGAUGUCUGAGUGUUGAUGGAUUCAGAGCUGUGGUGGAGAGACACCUUGAAGUGGUAGUGACAGGCUACGACCGUCGAGGGAAGCGGAUUGAAGUGAAUGCUUCGGGUUGGCAAGCGAGGAUUCUGCAGCAUGAGUGUGAUCAUUUGGAUGGUAAUCUUUAUGUUGAUAAGAUGAUACCACGCACUUUUAGGACAGUUGAGAAUUUGGACUUGCCUCUAGCUGAAGGCUGUCCUAAGCUCGGACCUCAAUGACAGACAGAUUCUUCAGACAGAAGUUUAUUAUGUAAUUUGUAAUGUUUAAACUCUCGAGUGAGCUUCAUGUCUUUUACGGACAGUAUUAUUAAUUUUAAGACAGAACAUAUCACACAUUAAGACAGCUA